AGUCUUCUUGCAUCUCUCUCUCUCUCUCUCUCUCUCUCUCUCUCUCUCUCUUCGUCUGUUGUUCAAAAUGCGAUAUAUACUCCCGAGACCUUCUCCGGCUUAUCUCUCACUUUCAGAUAUGACGGUUGAGUACAGUACCUCCAUCGUUUUCGACUAUGUCUCAGAUGCUACGAGCUACCUACUCCUGUUUAGUGGUCUUCAAAGAGAAGCCUUCGCCGUAUGCUAGUUGUGUUAGAAUGCAGUUAUAUUCUAUAUAUAUGUGCUCCCAUUGAUGGCGAGGUGCUGAAAAAGAUCAUUUCUAUCCUUGAAAUUUUACCAGUUAAAGACGGUGAAUCUGUUCUUGUUCUGUUAUGGGUGCCAAAGGAAAUUGGAGACGCAUGUGUGCUUACUAUAGCAGCAUGUAUGCCUUUUCGUGUUUUUGGGAACAACAAAGAACUUCAGAAAUACUAUUUAGCCUGUUUAGACCACAAACUCUAUGUGUAUAGAGAUGCUAAGGAAGAAGCGGCAUUCGGUCUUGCAGGCAAGGCUUACCUACGCUGCACUCCUCAACAAACUCAAAACGUGCACGAAUACCCCGAAGAUCAGCGUCCUCCAUGUGAAGAUGCUAUUUUUACUAAGAAUUGGGGAUCCUUUGCUGUGCCUGUGAUUGACACUAAUAAACGUGUGCUUGAGUUUGUCAUGGAUACACCGCGGGAUUAUAGCAAUGAUAUUCUUGUGGUUCAAAGACUCCUUCAGGAUGCCGGUUUGCAAAUUUCGAUCCAAAUGGAUCACAAAAAAAGACGUUACCUAAAACCCAAAAAGAUGAUCCGUAAAUCAAAGUCAUUUGACAAUACGAAGUAUUGCCGUCUUGCUCCAUUGUUUGGACUGAGUAAGGCCUAUGCCGCAGAAAUACUUGAACUUAAACCAGGUACCUUUACGAAUGUUUGUAGGAGAGUAGGAAUUCCGGAAUGGCCAUGUGUACGAAAUACCAGAGCUUCUUCUAUCCCGGAAACUAAAAUCAAUCAAAUGAUAGCCGAGAUUAGCUCUUUUGUAACUCCGAAUGCUGAUUUGAUAUCCAUCUCGGAUAAUGGAUUUCCUAAAUGGCCACCGGAACAAACUAUGACUAGUGAUUCUGAUGCUUGUGUAUCAGAACUUGCUAGUCUUGAUUUCAUGGCAAAACUCGAUGAAAUGGAACGUCUUGAUUUCAUGUAUGAUGAAGAAAUGAUCAAUAUUGAUCACGUAAAUGCUGAUUUGAACUCUAUCGGGGACAAAGGAUUUCCUGAGUCGUCGCUGGAACAAACUAUUACUAUUGAUUCUAAUGCUUUGUUGCCCGAACGUGUUGAUCCUGAUUUCAUGGCAGACCUUGGUGCAAUGGAAUUACAUGCUAACUAUGCACCAAGCACUAAACAUCUUGAUUUCAUGGAUGAUGAAUUAGAAAGGAUGAAUAUUGAUAGUCUAGAUGCUUUUUUUAACUCCAUCUGGGACGAAGGAUCUCACGAGUCUUCUCUGGAACAAGCUACUACUAUUGAUUAUGAUGCUUUGUCGCCUGAACGUGUUGGUCCUGAUUCCUCGGCAGACCUUGGUGAAAUGGAACAUCGUGAUAAAUAUGCGCCUAGCAUGGAAUAACUUGCAUGAUGAUACAUGGAUCAAUGAUAUGUUGGCAGCAUAAAAUUAAAUAAAGUGAUGCAACAAGAGCUAUAAGUUGAGUUUAAUGUCAACUUGAUAGGACUCGUAUGCAAAAGCGGAAAGUGAGUGUUUGGAUGUGUUCUACUGCUUGGCUUAGGUGUAGAACCAUAAUAAAUAAGUAGUUUUGUUUCAAACAUAACAAAUAUCCAUGUGACCUUUCCUUUGUAACGACAUUAUUGUUUGUAUGUUAUUUGCUUUUGUUGUCCA